AUGGCUGGUGAGCAUUAUGACAGCUUCUGGAAGAUGGCCACCACCUCCUACCCUGCAGUUCCUGUGUCAAGUUCCUCUGAGGACGAGAGCCCUUCUCUAGUGACAAAGAGGAUGUCCUGGAAGAAGCCCACCAAGCAUAGUACCCCUGAGGAGACAGCCCUGGGCUGGAAUCCGAAGCCCCCAAAAGGGACCUCCCGACUCCUAGGGUCCCCAGUGCCUGCUCGCUCCUCCAAGGACCUUGUGUCCCACCUGACAGGGGUCAGCCCUAUAGCCACCUUCAGAAAGAGGAAGCUUUCAACCAUCCGGGCAUCUGAGGGCACCAGUGGGCAGUUAGGGUCCUAUUUGGACUACUCAGCUCCUGGGAAGGACCCACCUGCGUCAGCCUCAUUAGCCAAACAGCAGCAGAAAAAAGAGGCCAGGGGAGCAAAGAACUGGCGAGGAAAUUUCGGAUUGCCUGGGAUUCCAGACGUAGCCAGGAAGAAAAGACAAGACCGGAAAGAGCAGGAGGCUGUGAUGCAGCGAGUGAGGCAAUGGGAAAUCCGCCUACUUCAGGAAAUUGAGGAGGCAGUCCACCAUGAACUCUUCAUCCAAGUUGAGUGA